GAUUCUUUUUGUGUCAGUCGGUGUGCGGAUCAGUCUCCGAUCAGUUGCGUUGACCACCAAUCCGGCGAGGAGAUUGGGCGAUCAUGCUGAACGGAAAAUUCUACACGGGCCUGCCGCCCAAGAUGGUGGAGCGCCAGGCGGCGAAGGUGUGCAAUCGCCAGGAGUCGCACUUCUUCUGGCCAGACGAUUCUCGAGCGGAUUCUGCGCUGGAGACCCGCACAAAGAGGAGAAACAGCCAGCAGCUGGAGAGGCCUGUGGACAGGAUUGCUUCCAAUCAGAAUGCAGCCGAUGAAGUGGACACACGGCGAAUGUUCCACAAGGAGUUUGCCAGCUCAUCCAUACAGUUCUACGACAAUCUGCAGUCCAAUCCUGGCAGCAAACCUUCCCUGGCAAGGGGCUUACGCAGGGAAAUAACUCCAAAGCUAACUGAAGUGAGAGCCCAGGAAUCGGAUGGCAAAACUGAGAACACUGGCAGUCGUCGCCAGCAGGCUUACAGCUCCAAGAUCCAGUUCUACGAUUACGUGAACGAGGCGGACAAUGUGACCCAAAACAAUGCCAGGAGACCGCACAUGGACUUCAAUGACAAGCGCGAAGUGGAGCUGAAUUCCAAGAACAGUCCCAAGCUGCAGGUCAAAAGAAAUGUGCGCAGUUUCAGCGUCGAUCUGGAGCCCAAGGUCACCAAGAAACCAUUGAACGACAGUCCCGAGUGGCGGCGACCACGCCCACUGCCACUGCCCAAAAGGAUACUCAAGCCAACGGCACAGGAGCAGGAUGCCUACGACCAGGUGGAAAGUCGCGUGCGCAGAUUGCAGCUAACCAGAAGUCCCGGCCUGCCCAAGAAGCAUGUGACCUACAACGAGGAGGCUGCGGAGUACGCCUACUACGACGAUCGGCAGGAUCGGGAGGAUUGGCAGGAUCCCACCUACGAAAAUCGCCCCCGUCAGCAGCCAAAUAUGCCGACAGGAAGUCGCCAGCAGCCGCAGCCAUAUCAACAUCAACGCUCUUUUAUGGAAACCAGUCGAAUCAAGCCAUUAAAUAAUAACAAUAAUUACGAGGCCCACGGCAGUGGUAGGAAAAUCUUGCCAAAAUCGCCACAAACCCAAUCCGCGGUGGGGGGAAACACGCACACCAACGACGAGGAUCCGCCCGUGCCCUCCGACCCCCGCAAACACCUGCGCAGCAGCCUCUGCUUCAGCGGCGACGCUCUGAUGGUGGGCGGUACGCCGUCGCAGUCGCCGUCCGCUGCGCAGGCGCGGCGCAGCUCAGCGGGGCAGCGGGUGAGCGUGGGUCUGCCGGACUGAGAGCUCCAGUUCGCGUGUUUACUCAGUGCAGCCCUCAGGGAGAAAAGCUCUCUUUUGCGAAACCUAAAAGAAGUAACUCUAGCGGUGAAUGUAGAAGAACUCAGUAAAAUAUGGUAGCCAUUCUAAAAUAAUAUUAAAUUAAAUUCAAUUUGAAAAUUUCAUGAGAAUGAACUAGUAUUACAAAUAGUUCUCUGUGUAGUAGCAACGUUUAGCAACAAUCUGCAUUGCUAAUUGAAAGCUACCACUGAGAAGCAACACCAACAACAUCUGCAGCACAACAGGCACAUCAGCAUCAGCAAGUUGAUGCGACAGCAGCAGCUUUUCUAGGCACGGCAGCAACCCAACCAUUUUUAGUUUUUACCUUUACGAUCACCUACAAAACUUUGAAUUCACCCACACUCAUGAAUGAAUGAGUCGGCUUUUGUUGUUUCUGAGCGCUUGAAUAUACAUACAUAAACAAACCUUGAUCUUGACUAAUUUGUGAGCGAUGCUGUUGUUGUGCACCACGAACAUGUAUUAAUUUAGCUUUUAGAGCCAACGCAGAAUAAUCUAUAAUUAUAAUAAUAGAGAUAUGCUAAUAAACUGAUACAUAUAUAACCAAAUACAUUUCGAAUGGGGAAAAAUUUAACUAAGCCUUAAACCUAC